AUGAAGCGGUAUAUUGUUUUCUCUCUCCUGCUCGCGGAGGGUGUGCUCUCUGCUCAAUCUGCCCAGUUUAGCCAGAGUGGCACAGAGGGGACUGACAUCAUCCUCCACUGUGAAAAUAAGGAGAGAGUGUUUUGGAGCAAGAGCACUGAGAGUGAGAGUGUGGAGCGCUAUAUUUUACGGAAUAAAGAAGACACCACCGUGUACAAACGUGAUCCAGAUGACCGCUACAUUGUGUUACCUGAUUCGUCACUCAUGAUAAAGAGUCUCUCUCUCUCAGACUCAGGGAUUUACUACUGUAAUGGUUAUGCAAUGAUAAAUCUGACUGUGACUCCAUUAUCAGCCGGAUUCAGUCAGAGCCGCACAGAGGGGAGAAACAUCAAACUGCCCUGUGAUGAUGAUGGGGAAGUCCUCUGGACAAAACACACAAAUGACAAGAAAGUGGAGUUAAUUCUUUUUGUUGAAGAAGAGAAAGGUGUCUUCAUAUGCAAACGUGAUCCUGAUAGCCGAUAUAUAGUUUUGCCGGAUUCAUCACUCCUUAUAAAGAAAGCUUUAGUCUCUGACUCUGGAAUUUACCACUGUGAUGGUGAUCUAUUCAUCAAUCUGACCAUCAUGCCAUCAGAAGUUUUAUCAAAGUCCUUGGCGAACACCUACACAGCUAUAUCUGCCACGAGAGAAGCCACAGCCAAUGGCACAGAAGGAAGUAACAUCAUCCUCCACUGUGAAAGUCAGGGGGAGGCGACUUGGAGUAAAUACAAUGAUGAAGGGAGAAUGGAUCUCCACAUUUCUCAGGAUAAGGGUGACCCCGCCAUAUGCAAACUUGAUCUAGACAACCACUUCAAUUUAUUAUCUCAUUCAUCACUCGGGAUAAGGAAUCUCUCUUUGUCAGACUCUGGGAUUUACUACUGUAAUGAUGCUCCAGUGGUGAAUUUGACUGUCACUCCAUUAAGUGCCCAAUUUAAUCAGACUCGCACAGAAGGGACAAACAUCAUGCUCUACUGCUACAGUGAGGAAAGAGCGUUUUGGACCAAAGACAUCAAUGAAGUGGGACUGGACGUCAUUUUUUCUCAAGAGAAAGAAAACACAAUCACAUAUAAACGUGAUCCAGACAAACGCUACACUAUAUUAUCUGAUUCAUCACUCGUGAUAAGGAAUGCGGUCGUGUCCGACUCUGGGAUUUACUACUGUAAGCAUUCUCCAGUGGUCAAUCUGACUGUCUUCCCAUUAAAAGGUGGAGUGAGUGAGGUUGAGCGAGUGCUGAUGUUUGGGGGUGUUGGUUUGGCAUUUCUUUCUUUUCUCCUGGCUACAGUCGCUGCAAGCAGAGUGGUUUUCCAUCAAGCCUGGCAGGCAGGAAGAGACUCAGUUCAACCCAACUCGGAUUAGAAGAGACUGAAGUGCUACACCUUCAUUCAUCAGACUAAGAAAAGAAUUUUAGAAGAUCAGUGAUUUUUCAGCAAUGCAUUUAUUAACAUAAAGCCCUGAUUGUAAUGCUUGAUUGUUUUAAAUAUCCUUUUAUUAUUAUUAUUUUUAUUAUUAGAUGGUCAGACUGGUCCUCAUCUGUCUUAA